CACCCCCCACAAAAGGCUUCCUCAUAUGGUCCCUGAAGUGUCUGUACCUAGAGUGAGGCUUUGUCUUCCCAAACCCAGACUCUGUUCUGUUCCUGCCACCGUGUCCCUUGUCCUCUGCUUCCCUUUCCUUCUCUCUCCAGGAGGACAGUUUGAGUUGAUGGUUUUUCAGGUCCCUUUUACCAAAAUUCUGUGAUUUCUUGAAAAUGCUGUUUGCUGGAGUUGCCCACACAGUUGGGAAUGAGAAACGACGUGCCCCGCCCCCCAGAGGUCUGGAUGCAGAUUGGGGCGCUUUCUGAUACAGGCCAUUGGGCUGUCAGUCACACACCGCUGAGGUUUCAGAACAGGAAAAUAGGUGGGGCUGGCGUGGCCCAUGAGAAGCACCGUGGGUGAGCUAUGACUUCAGUAGAAAGAUGUGUGUGUGUGACCGGAGCGCCGCUGCAGGACAGAGGACGGUGUCGUCUGGCCGGGGCCGAAGUGCAGCCAUGAUCCUCUCCACCUAUAAUACCAUCCAGUCCAUUUUCUGCUGUUGCUGUUGCUGUUCCGUGCAGAAGCGGCAAGUGAGGACGCAAAUAAGCUUGAGCAAAGAUGAAGAACUUUCAGAAACGUAUACUCAGCAUCCCAGGAGAUGGUUCAGUGACUUGCCAAUUAAGAAGCAAUCCAACAGGGGCCGCGUGCAACCAUCAAAACGCAAGCCGCUGCCUCCCCUCCCAUCCUCCGAGGUUGCUAAAGAGAAGAUCCAAGUCAAGGCCCUGUAUGAUUUUCUGCCCAGAGAGUCCUGUGAUUUAGCGUUAAAGAGAACAGAGGAAUACCUGAUACUGGAGAAGUAUAAUACUCACUGGUGGAAGGCAAGAGACCGUUGGGGGAAUGAGGGCUUAAUCCCAAGCAACUAUGUGGCUGAAAACAAACCAACCAACUUAGAAAUAUAUGAGUGGUACCAUAGAAAUAUUACCAGAAAUCAGGCAGAACGUCUUUUGAGACAAGAGUCUAAAGAAGGCGCGUUUAUUGUCCGAGAUUCAAGACAUUUGGGCUCCUACACAAUUUCUGUGUUUCUAAGAGAUAGAAGAAGCAUGGAGGCUACUGUCAAACAUUAUCAGAUUAAAAGGAAUGACUCCGGACAGUGGUACGUGGCUGAAAAGCACUUCUUUCAAUCCAUCCCUGAGUUGAUCUGGUAUCACCAGCACAAUGCAGCCGGUCUCAUGACCCGUCUCCGCUACCCAGUCGGGCUGAUGGGCAGUUGCCUGCCAGCCACAGCCGGUUUCAGCUAUGAAAAGUGGGAAAUAGAUCCGUCUGAGCUGGCGUUUAUAAAGGAGAUUGGAAGUGGUCAGUUCGGUGUGGUCCAUUUAGGCGAAUGGCGAGCCCACCUCCAGGUAGCCAUCAAAGCCAUCAGUGAAGGCUCCAUGUCUGAGGAGGACUUCAUUGAAGAGGCUAAAGUGAUGACGAAGUUAUCUCAUUCAAGGCUGGUGCAGCUGUAUGGAGUGUGUAUUCAGCGGAAGCCUCUUUACAUUGUGACAGAGUUCAUGGAGAAUGGCUGCCUGCUUGACUACCUCAGAGAGAGAAAAGGGAAGCUGAGGAAGGAAAUGCUGCUGAGCAUGUGCCAGGACAUAUGUGAAGGCAUGGAGUAUCUGGAGAAGAACUGCUUUAUUCACAGGGAUUUGGCGGCGAGGAAUUGUUUGGUCAGUUCUACAAGUGUAGUAAAAAUUUCGGACUUUGGAAUGACCAGGUACGUUUUGGAUGAUGAAUACAUCAGUUCUUCUGGAGCCAAGUUCCCAGUCAAGUGGUCCCCUCCUGAAGUGUUCCAUUUCAACAAGUAUAGCAGCAAAUCGGAUGUCUGGUCAUUUGGAGUUUUGAUGUGGGAAGUGUUUACAGAGGGAAAAAUGCCUUUUGAAAACAAGUCAAAUUUGCAAGUUGUGGAAGCCAUUUCUAAAGGCUUCAGGCUCUACCGCCCUCGCCUGGCACCGAUGUCCAUCUACGAAGUCAUGUACAGCUGCUGGCAUGAGAAACCUAAAGGCCGCCCCACGUUUGCAGAGCUGCUGCGGGUUCUCACAGAGACUGCAGAAACUUGGUGACUUGAGCACCGUGCCAAUCCAGAGGAUCAUGUUGCAAAUUUGUCCCAAAAGGAACUCCUGCAUGGGGCCACCGAUGGUGAAUCCCUUCCCUCAGGGUUGCUGACUCUUGGAAACUUUGCCAACAUCAUAGGCUUUCCAAACUUUUAAAAAUUUAAGCAUGCGUUUGAGAGAGACUUCUGAAGGCUUAUUUCUCUGUAACAUUCUUCAUGGUCCAUAUGUGAAGAUGGAAAGAUGCUCCAUGGCAUUUAUAAGAAUAACCCUGAGAACCCCUGAGAAUCCAUGGAAACAUCAUUCUUUACAGGGCUGAGGUACUGAUUUCCUGAAGAGAAGGGGCAUUCUUGACUUCAGGCGUCCAUGCGCAGAAGAUGAAAUAAAAUUCUGCCAGCUCAUGGAAUCAGGAGCCUGCCCUGUGGAACCUCAUGCAUAUGAGCUGUACGGAUCUUUAUGGAAGAGGCAGCUUUACAAACCACAGGAAUGUAGGCAUUCUGUCUCAUAUAGUCUUCCCUUUGUUAUUUAAUACAUGGUUUUUGUACAUA